AUGCCUGCAGAACAGCGUACCAAUUCGAUUUCGUUUAGCGAGAAGGUUUCGGGCGACUGGCACCUCAGCCAAAGCCCAAGCCAGGAAAGCUACCCCGGUCCUGGGAUGCCCGCAUCACCAAAUGAGGGGAGCAGCGGCGAUUCCGACUCUGAAUAUCCAAAGGAUCCUAUCGUUCCUCCAAGUCACUCCCACCGAACUAUGGUCCUUUGCUUCGACGGAACUGGUGAUCAGUUCGACGAUGACGUCUGUUUUUUGCCACUUUUCUCGUUUAUUCAAUUGACUAUCAAUCAGAAUUCUAAUAUCGUCAACUUUUUCUCGAUGCUGAAAAAAGACGACCCGAAUCAACAAUUGGUUUACUAUCAGGCUGGCAUUGGAACAUAUACUAUUCCCCAGAUCGCAAAGCCAAUGAUGGCGAAGCUGCAUAAGUUAAUGGACAGUAUGGUUGGCGUCCACUUAGACGCCCAUGUAAUGGGAGGCUAUGAAUUUCUCAUGCAAAAUUACGAAGCCGGCGAUAAGAUAUUUUUCUUCGGAUUCUCUCGCGGUGCCUACACUGCACGUGCACUCGCUGGAAUGAUACACAAGGUUGGGUUGCUCCCAAAAUGUAACCACCAACAAGUUCCCUUCGCGUACAAAAUGUACUCCCGGGAAGACUCACUUGGUUGGCGCCAGAGCGCGGAUUUCAAGAAAGCAUUCUCCAUUGAUGUCGAUAUUGAAAUGAUUGGAGUUUGGGAGACUGUCGGCUCAGUUGGCAUGAUUCCGAAACGGCUGCCCUUUACUACUUUUAAUACCCAUGUCAAGACCUUCAGGCAUGCGUUGGCUCUGGACGAACAUCGCGUCCGUUUUAAGCCAAACUUUUUCAACAGGCCAACGCCCGAGGAAGAGCAACAUGGAUUGAAAUGGGGUGAGAUGCAGAAGGUAAGACAAAAGCCCCACCGAAGAAAAACUCUGCGAGAACUGGAGAAUCAAUAUACCCAAGGCGGCCAGCAUCUCACAGACGUCGAGGAAGUUUGGUUCGCAGGCUCUCAUUGCGAUGUUGGAGGUGGGGCCGUCAAGAACGAGAUCCGGAAUAACCUUGCUCGAAUCUCUCUUCGUUGGAUGAUACGACAAUGCUUCAUUUUAAAGACCGGGAUUCUCUUUCAUCGGAACAUGUUCAAACAGGUUGGUCUGGAAGCUGAUAACUUGUGGCCGAAGGUAAAACCUCGCCCACUCCCUGUCAUGUCAUUCUCUGGAGAGCGUCCAGCCAAAACGCGCCCAACACCUGAGAUGGGACCGUCUAGAGUAAUCGAUGAGGUGCAGGAUUUUGUUAGUGAAGAAGAGGAGGAUUUGGCGGAUGCCGGCAGUCGAAUAAAUGACAUGCUGAAAAUCGGGAAAUCAUGGUGGAUACUCGAGUUUGUUCCUCAAAAAAUCAGGUUCCAGAAUGACGAAGAUUCAUGGAUUUCGAAGUUGUCCAUCAACCGUGGUCGCGGACGCGUUAUACCCAAGCAGAAAUCAGAGGGAGUGAAAAUGCACAGAACCGUAGAGCUGCGAACGAAGCUACAGUUGGAUGACGGGAAAUACAAACCGAGGGCCAAGAUGAAUCCUGGGCUAGAACCUACUUGGAUUGAUUAAUUUCUCUCCGAUUCCAAUAGAUUGAUUCUUUUUCUUC